UGACGCAAGGUUGCCCAAAUAUAUGCAGUCUAUUCCGUUAUGUUUCACAGUUCUUUGUUCCGACCAUGGAAAGACAACCAAGAACAUAUGGUACGACGAAAAUGUGUUCCCUGAGUCUGAAGGUCUUCACUAAUGGCGCAGCUUCAGUGGUCCUGACAAUAACUUUUAUUUAUUAUUCGACAUGCUAUGCUGCAUACCUAGGAGAUGGUCCCAACGAACUCGUUGAAGAAGGUCGUAGAAAUCUUGAUCUCAUCAAGGUGCUGAAUACAACGGAUCCAAUUUUUCUGUACAUGUGGAAACGAAACAACACGGAGAAAUGCGUUGGGUCAGACUGCUUGAACCAAACGAAGACAUGUGACCACAUGCGAGAAAUAUCACUCUCGAACACUUAUUACGUAUGCAGAUGGUCAACGUUGACUGGACCAGACACAUGGUAUAACGAAAGCCGUGUUGGAAAAUUUGAGGAGCACCAGGGACCACCUGUCGCAAUGGACCUUCCCCGUUUUAUCGAAGAACAGAGGGUGCAUGAACGCAUGGAACUUAAGUUCAAUCAGCCAGGCACAUACAACUGCAGCGUCUUCGUUGUGACCGACAUGAGAAACAAAAAUGAAGGUAAUGUGACGUGUGCUUUGUACAUGAGAGGAAAACUUAAACUUCGUCAGUAUCCCCCCACAGCCUGCCAAAUAGACUUCUACCAACGCUGUACUUCAAGAAUGGUUUACCAGCCAUACAGUCCAGAUUGUGAGGUUAAGCCAUAUUUUGACGUCUAGGGAAAGUGGCUGUGGAGAAU